UCCUGGGCGGCCGCGGGGCUGCGAGUAUAAGAGCCAGCUGCCCCCCCAGUGCAGGAGGGUCCCUCGCAACAUGGAGCGCUGCUGCCGCCUCUGCCUCCUCUGGCUACUCUGCCGAGGCCUCUUGGGCCACUUGGCCGCUGGCAUGGACGUCCAAUGCAGUGACAGGCAGUACGAGCACAAGGGCAGGUGCUGCUCCCGCUGCGCCCCAGGACAGAAGGUGACGGCCACUUGUAUCGAGGGGUCGGGAGUGUCCAAGUGUGCUCCCUGCGAGGAGGGGUACUUCCAGGCCCACUGGACCAAGGAGAAUCACUGCAUGCCCCACAGCUACUGCGACUCCAACGCUGGCCUGGUGGUAAAGACACCGGGGGAUGAGAAACAGGAUGUCACGUGUGGCUGCCAGGUGGGCAUGCACUGCACCAGCGCCCAGUGCCAGACCUGCCGGCCGAAACCCCUCUGCAAGCCAGGCUUUGGACUCAUGCCAAGAGCCCAGGAGGACGCGCCGCCCAUGUGCCAGCCCUGCCCGGACGGCAGCUUCUCCAAUGUCACCUCCAACAGCAAGCCAUGCCAGCCCUGGAGCAGAUGCGAGGAUCAGGGGCUGGUGAUGAAGGAGAACGGGACCCGGAGCUCCGACGUGGUGUGUGAGCCACAACGCAGCCGCAGCCGCAGCCCCUCCUUGGUCUCAGUGCUGAUCCCCAUCCUGGCUGGCACCUGCGCCCUGGGGCUCUUCCUCUUCUGCUUGUAUCGCAGAGGUUUCCAGAGACUGCUGCAGAAGCAGGUACAUCCUCCGGUCCCCCCAUAUGAAGAGGAUACCGUGCUGCUGAAGAAUGUGAAGGUGGACGUGGACGGAGAGCCGCGCCCGGAGCCAUCAGAGGAGGAUGAGAUGCCGAGCGAGCAGAACAUCCCCGUGCAGGAGACCACAGUGGGUGGGCAGCCUGUAGCCCAGGAGGAUGGCAAGGAGAGCCACAUCUCUGAGCGGGAGAGGCCAUGAGGUGGCGUGGGGCACCCACACUAGGGCCCACUGCCUCGCACGGGUGGAAGCCAGGUCCAGCGCGUGCUGUGCCGCCAGGCAGCCCAGGGCAUGGCCGGCUGCCCGGGGGCUGGGGCACAGCCUGCACCCGUCGCCUACGAGCACGAGAGGUGGUGGAUCCCACAUGGCCAAGGGUGACAUGGCACGGCACGGCAUGGCACGGCUCUACGAGGCUGCAGGUCACGGGUGCCCAGGGGCUGCUGUUGGUGCACAGACGGGGCAGAGAUGCCAGGGCCUGCAAGGACAGUGCGGGACUGACUGCCCGUGGAAGGUGGACGCAGGAAACGGAGGCAUUUUGGGACUCCACGCUGAAUCUGCCCGUUGGACAAUAAAGGUCCGGAGGCUGCGCCCACGGUGCCUCCUGGCGCUCACGGUG